GGGAGAAAGCACUAUCAACGCAUCCACUCUGCACAAGGCGGCGCUGGCAAGCUCGCGCUUAGCAUCAUCAUCAUAUUUCGCCUACACACUCAUGCGCCACCCAUGAUGCUGGUUUCGGUUUUGCUUUUGGUCCCGUUGGUACGCGAAAAGUUCUGGCAAAGAUGUACCAUCCGAUCAUUUGGGUCGUGAAUCGUAUCGUAACUGUGAGUGGUUUGUGAUGCCAUGUGAAACACCCAGUUUUCACACAGCUCAAGAAAAGAUACACUAAUCUAACUCCCUCCGUUUGCAUAUCUGAAAUUGGGACGAAAAUUGGCAUGAAAUUUACUUUAGAACAUUCACCAGUGGGGGAGUGCGCUUUCGACCCAUAAUAUGUUUGCAAAAAAUGUCACAGAGAGUUCGUCAUGGCUGUUUUGUGUUCAAUGCGAGUAAAAGAAUAAAAAAGCGCGAGCUUUUCACGCAGUGCUGCACUGGUAAUGUUGCGAGUUUUAUAACUUUGACUUAAUUCUUAAUUCCACGCAAGGUUUAAUGCGAGCCGUGUACCAUAUAUUACAAGUGAACGCUUUCUCGCCGCUAGAAGCAUGAUAGCUACCUUUACUUCCCUUUUAAUUUUGCACGUCCGUGGGACAUUGGUGUAACCAACCGCGUUGCCAUAGCACCUCACAGACACGCUUUUCGCACGCGUAUCGAUCACGUUCGGCCGCAGUACGGGACAGCCGAAGCGCGGCAGUGCGCCGUUCGGCACACGUUAUCCGGCAGCGCCAUGUACCAAAAGGACAAGAGCCUCUUAUGCCGGCACAGUGCCUGUCCGUUGCCCAACAACCUGACCACUUGUACAGAGGGCGGAAAGAUCAACUUAGCGUUCGUGGGAAAGACGGAGGUCACUACGCUCUUCCGGACUCCUGAUGGCAGUGUGCACCAGUCGCAGGUGGCUUGCAAGGACGUAGGCGGCAGCCCCUGCACCGAACUUACGCACGUGAAAUGGGUCAAGAUGGACGACAUUAAGACCUUGCUAGUCAUUGCGUCGACGCGAGCCUUCCAGGUGUUCGAGUGGGACGGUUCAGUUUUCCUCCACUGUCAUCCGCUGCCCCAAAAUCUGGACGCCACUGAGGAGACGUUCACGCGCGGAAUCGGCACGUGCGGCUCCAGUUUGCUUUGCGUCGGUACCAACAGUGGCACCAUUCUGGUGCACCUAGUUUCGCGCGACCUGAACGUCACCUUCUGCCAACGGGCCACCGAGCACGCGCCGCACGCCGUCGCCGACAUCCACAACCACGGCGAGAUCAUGGCGAGUGCCGACGACGGCGGCGGCAUCUGUCUGUGGCGCGGAAAAACAGCGCUCAGCUUGCUCCGCAAGCUGCCGCCGGUCGGCAGCAGCCCUUGCGUGAGCGUCCGCGUCUGGCACGACCUCAUCCUGGCGGGCUACGGUUCAGGCGAGCUGCGUGUGUUCAGCACGCGCUCCUUCCAGCUCAUGGCCGAGGCCACGGCGCACGCCCGCUGGAUCACGGCCAUUGACGUAGCGCCGGACACGGGGCUCGCCCUGUCCGUGGCCGAGGACUCGUACGUGCGCGUUUGGCAGCUUGACCGCGAGGGCGAACACACCAUCGACCACGUGCACGGGGAAAGCGUCGCGGACGCCAUGCUUAUGGGUUGCGCCUUCCUCGCUCCCGAUGGGAGCACUUUCGCCGCUGUGGCCUACGACUGUGCCGAAGUGUUCAUGUUCAAGAAAUGAAUGCUGUCUUAGUGUAGGCGUUGACUUAUUAUGCUUGGCGUGCUUCACUUAUUUCCCUUUCAGGAUAUGGGUUCUAGUAUAAUCCAGCACACAUCUAUCUACCGCAAUGGCUGCAGAUGCAAGCCUCAGUAUAAAGAUGGAUGGUUGCUGGAUCGCCAUCACGAGAAGGGAACGCGAGAAAUAACAAAGGCGCAUUUAAUUAAGAAAUUUGGAGACAUAUGCGUCAGUCAACCAUCAGUGGCUUUACACAAUAAGGAGUUCCCGCUUUUGAGCCUAUGCCAACCCUAAUCUUGCCUGGUUUUACUGCUGGCUAACCUUGCGAUGUCACUAGUGUCUCUGACGCUGUAUUUGAUAACCAUAUCAUCAUUUGUGUGUGUGUGUAUAUAUAUAUAUGCGUUUUAUGUUCAUUAAAUUCAGUAGGUAGUCAGCGCU